CAUUUAAAUAGAAGUGGCCGGUCUCUGCUAAAUACUCUCUGGUUCAACGCUUCAUCACUGUGUCGAAACUUCUGAGCGAAUGUUUGAUGAGUUUCCGUUGCGCGAACUGAAGAGUUUAUUAAACCCGAGCAACGACGAAUAUAAUUCGCGAUAUGGGGAGUUUAUCUGCUAGAAUUUAAUCUCAUGUGUUAUAUAAUGUAUCUGUAUGGAAGUAAGUAUUUAAACGAGUUAGUUUGACAGGUUAUAUAGCGGCAGUAUUUACAGUAGUUUGAUCGGCGUCUUUUUAACAUUACUCAAAAUGAGUGACAUAGUUUAGGAUUCAAAGAGGUAAAUGAACUCGUUCCCAGGUUACGGGGUUCUGAGGGCAUUUUAAUCGAGUGAAAAUGUGCGAUGAGUCAAAGUCAGUGAAUUGGGAGGUGAAUGAUAAUGAUUAUAUUUCCAAAACAGCCGUGAAUGAUGCUGAUGUGUGUAUUGAACAUCACACCGCGCCGCCGGUAACUCGUUUAUAUAAGAAGAGAUGGAUCAUAGUAUGUUUAUUCAGCUCAUAUUCUCUGUGUAACUCCUAUCAGUGGAUUCAAUACGGGAUCAUCAACAACAUUUUCAUGCGCUUUUACAGCGUGGACUCUUUCACCAUUGACUGGAUGUCCAUGAUUUACAUGUUAACGUACAUUCCGCUCAUUUUCCCCGUCUCGUGGCUCUUGGAUAAAAAAGGUCUACGGGUCAUCGCGCUCGUUGCCGCGGCUCUGAACUGCGCAGGCACGUGGAUCAAGGUGGCCAGUGCGAGACCGGACCUGUUUCCCGUGACAUUUCUGGGUCAGUUCAUUUGCUCCGUGGCCCAGGUGUUCAUCCUUGGGAUGCCCUCGCGCAUCGCGUCGGUGUGGUUCGGUUCGGAUGAGGUGUCCACCGCGUGUUCCAUCGGGGUCUUCGGAAAUCAGUUAGGGAUCGCCAUUGGCUUUCUCGUCCCACCAAUCCUUGUUCCAAAUGUGGACGAUCUGGACGAGUUGGCAGGUCACAUCAGAGUCAUGUUCUACAUCACAGCGGGUGUGGCUACCUUCCUGUUUGUCUUGGUUGUCAUUGUGUUUCAAGAGCGUCCAGAUGACCCUCCCACUCAUGCUCAGGCCGCUGCUCGUCAGAUCUCUCCGGAAAGUUACUCAUGCACAGCCUCCAUCCUCAGACUGCUCCGCAACAAGGCUUUCAUCCUCCUCGUUAUCACUUAUGGACUGAAUGUUGGUUGUUUCUAUGCUGUCGGUACACUUCUUAACCGAAUGAUCGUCGAACACUAUCCCGGAGAGGAGGUGAACGCGGGCAGGAUCGGCCUCACCAUCGUGAUCGCUGGCAUGGUGGGUUCUCUCAUCUGUGGAAUCUGGUUAGACCGAUCCAAAACAUACAAACAGACAACUCUAGCCGUGUAUCUGAUGUCCCUUCUGGGUCUGUUGCUUUUUGCUUUUACUUUGGAUCUGGGGCACCUGUGGGUGGUUUUCAUCACAGCAGGAACCCUGGGAUUCUUCAUGACCGGUUAUCUGCCUCUCGGCUUUGAGUUUGCUGUGGAACUCACUUACCCAGAGUCUGAGGGAACAUCAUCAGGUCUUUUGAACUGUUCCGCACAGGUAUUUGGGAUCAUAUUCACCAUCUGUCAGGGGAAAAUUAUGGACUCGUUUAACACUCUGGCUGGAAAUCUCUUCCUGUGUGUCUUCCUUUUGAUAGGAACCAUCAUAACAGGCUGUAUUAAGUCAGAUCUGCGCAGACAGUUGGCAAACCAGCAAGCACUGACAGCUGCAACAGUGGGCAGGUCAGACGUUCAGGAUCACAGUGACACGUCUCUCCUCUCGCCCACAUACAUAUGAUCAAUCAAUCACUACUUGAUUUUAUCACUUACUGGUGGUUCAGGUACAGGUGGCACACACCAAUCUGAUUCACACUCAGUGACACAUUUUAAUCUUAUAAACUGAUUCAAGCAUGCUUUGAUGUAUUUUUCUUGAUUUUUAUGAUAAAAACAAGAUGUUCUACUUGAUUUUUGUUGACAUUUCUUCUUUAUCCAAAUGCUAAACCCUUGAGCUCUUUGCAAUUUGAAUACAGCAUGUUGCUUUCAGCUUAGCAGUGUUAUUUUUAAUUUGUCUUUUUAAUGGGUCUUCUCUUUGACUGUUAGUUUUAAUUUAUUUUUAUUUUUAUUUUUAGUAUUUUAAAGCUGCCUAAGUUAUUGUGUUAACUGAUAUCAUUUGAAAAUGUUUAACACUGUUAAUUUUCUCUAGUCUGUCAGUGUUAUUACGAAAUAGUGGCAUUUUUAUAAGCAAUGAAGGCAAGGUGUAAACAUUUUAGAUUUCAUAAAACUCUUUAUCAAAAACCAAAAUGUAUUUUUAGUCAUUUAUAUUUUUUGUACAUUAUUAGUUAGUGUUUUAUUUCAGUAUCAGUUUUUCCAACUGUUGCCUUUUUAUUUAAUUUAAUGAAACGUUUAAUUUGGGUUUAAUUUUCAUUAACAAUAGUAGCACUUCUGCAUUGUCAGUUUUAUCGUCAUAGUCAUCAUUUUUUUUAAUCCAUUUGACUCACUAACUGCCCUCCAGCUGAUAUGUGCAUGUGUGAAAUAUGUGACAGACAGGGGACGCUGUUUCACUUUUAUAUUUAUUAUGUGUUUUGUGUUUUUAGGACUCUUUGGAGAGAUCAACUGCACAACCUUCUGUUAUAGCUGAAGCCAAACUCUAACACACGCACAUCUUUCUUGCAGAUAAUAUGAAUACCGAAUGGAUUGUAUUUAGCAUUUCGUUUUACAGUUUUUAUUUCUAUAGUUUGUAACUGGCCUUUUGUGUUUGUUUGUUUGUGUGUGUGUGUGUGUGUGUGUGUGUGUGUGUGUGUGUGUGUGUGUGUGUGUGUGUGUGUUAAUUGUUACUGUGUUGAACAUUCAUAAAAGCCAGGGAUUGCCUCCUUAAUGUAAACAGAACUUGUUUCUUUGAAAAUUAAGUGUUUGUACAAUAUGGUAAUUUUUGUAAAUUAAUCUGAUCUUGACUAAUCUUCUCAGGAUACAUCUCAUUUUUAACUAUCAACUGAUGAUUUAAAUUAAUUAUGGUAACGUUCUUUUUUUUAUUACAAAGUUUUUACAGAGUUUCAAAACCAAAUCCUCUGAUGAAACCUAUAAGAACCACACAUAAUGUGUAUCAGUAUUGUGCAUAUUUAAGAGAAAUUGUGACUGAAUAGAAACAGAAUAGAAACAAGAGCUACACAGUUGAUUAUGCUGUGUUGGUUUCCAUCUAUGCAGUAAUAUAAAUUCAUGAAACUAUUCAUGAAAAUUUUUCUAUUCUCAUUUUGUACUUCGACCCAACUUAAAAGUCUAAAGAUAUGAUUUGGAAUGAAUAAUAAUAAAAAAAAAUAAAAAAAACUUUAACACA